GGUGUGGUCAAAUCUCUAAACAAUGCAUUCGGAAUGUGAGCAGAGUUUCUCAGGUAGAACUGUCCUGUCUCCAGACUGAAACACAUUCUCCUCAUACUCGGAGUCUGGGAUUCAUUUAGCUUUUAUUUAGCUGAUGUUCAGUUUGUGUUCUGAAUCGUGUCCUAAUGCUUUUAUUCUGCACUUCCGGCUUUGUUUCUGUUCAUCAGAGCAAGGGGUUAUAGUUUAUCGUCCAGUCAUGCAGUCCUGCAGCGUUCACCACUGUGUCCUGCUCUUACUCACCCUCACAUUCACCACUGCUCCGGUAUUAGCUGCUGUCUGUUCUAAAACAGUGAAGCUUCAUCAGCCUGUGACUCUCUCAUGUGAAUAUAAAUGUUCUGGUUCAGUCAAAUGGUCUUUAUUUAAUAAUCGAGAUGUUGUCUUCACUCGGUGUGAUGAGACGUCGUGCAGCUCACUGGUGAAGGGAUAUAAUAUGUCUCAUGAUCAGUACCAGGAUGGAGAUCUCUCUCUCAUCAUCACUGCAGCUGAUUACAGAAUGAGGAACACGUACUCGUGUGAGUGUGGCGUCUCAGAAAUCUCUACUGUGCGCCUCAGCAUUGAGACCGUGUUCUCAGCAGUUCAGAAGAACCCUGGUGAAGAUCUGAUCCUGGAUCUGACCGUACCAGAGCCAGUGGAGGUGAUUUAUACAAGCAGUGAUUCAGCUGAUGGUGAACGGAUCUGCACUGUGACUCAACGCUCACUACAGUGUAAAGCUGAAUACACAAACAGAACAUCACUCAGUUACCCAGAGCUCACACUGAGAGACGUGACGCACAGUGAUCGUGGACGUUACACCAUCCGGGACACGGAGAAUAUGGAAGACAUCCGUGUGUACGCCGUCUCUGUGACAGAUGAGAAGUUUCCUUGGUGGAUAAUUGGACUCAUAGUGCCGGUGGUGGUGAUUCUGCUGGUGAUCCUUCUCUUUCUAUGUAUAAAAUACCAGAAGAAUGCAGUCCAUCAGGAGUUCAUCAAGGUGAGCAAGCAGCUGGAGCAUGUGAACAAGCUUAUACAGCAGGCCCGACCUGGGAAAGAGCAGGGCAAUAAAAGGCGUGUCGGUGCCACAGAGGCUUUGCAGAAGGCAGAGGAGGCGAUGAAGGAACUGGAACGACGGUACAGAGAGAACCCUAAAUAUUCAGAACAGAUCAAAUUGUUCUGCAAGGCGAAGAGAGCAGAGCUGAUGGAGUGCAGUGGUGAAGAAGGUGAAGGACUUCUGAUGACUGAGAGAGGAGGGGUGGUGUGUAUUGAGCAGAUGAUGAGGAAGAUGGAGGAGGUGAAGAGCAGCUUACAGCAGCUCAGUGGUGAUGGAGCAGGACACCUGCAGGGUACGAGCUCCGACAUCAUCUCAGAGACCCAGAUCAAUCUGACUGAGAUCGAACAGUGGUGUAGUCAGAAGAGGGCGGAGUUAAACAACUUCAGGCAGCAGCACACAGCUGGAGCAGAUAAUCCAUCUCUUCUGUAUCUGGCCCUCACUUUAAAUACUCAUGGGAAUGAACAUUUUUCUGUUGGAACAGUAAUCUACCUCCAGUAGCCCUCGCGACACGGUGGUGGUGUUCUAACUCGGUGAGCCUGCUGCACUGGUCACCUGAUCUUCAUUUACUUCCUGGUUCUAAACACA